AUGGCGGACGACAAGGGCUCGCCGCCGCCGCCCAAGGACCUGGCCUUCCUCAGGGAGCAGCUGGAGAGCCUGCAGCGGCGCGUGGAGGGCGAGGUGCGCGCCGGCGUGGCGCAGGACGGCUCUCUGCUCGCCUCCCCCUUCCUCAAGGGCUUCCUGGCUGGCUACGUGGUGGCCAAGCUGCGCUUCUCCGCCGUGCUGGGCUUCGCCGUGGGCACCUGCGCGGGCAUUUACGCAGCACAGAACUAUGCUGUGCCCGACGUGGAGAAGACGGUCCGGGACUACCUCAGCUCGCUGAAGAAAGGCCGGGACUAAGCGGGGUGCCCCCGGGCUGAGGCGGCCCUGCGGACGGACGGGGGAGGCGCCCAGGCUUGCGGGGACGGCAGCCACGUGCACCAGGAUUUUCCUUUGGAAAAAUGCUUUCCAUCAGGUACUGAGGGGACAUCAGCAGGUCUGAUGAUGGAAUCUUUAUUAGAGUAUCAUGGGAGAGGUGAAUGUUCUGAUAACCUUUUGUAGCUCGGAAGUGUGGGCAGCCAAGUGCUUCGCAGCUGCUCUUUCCCCUUGUCCCCCUCGCCAGACUGAGGGAGAAGCUCCUGGUGACCCAUCAU